CACCUUCCCCAAACCGUCACUCCCCCCUCUCUUUCUUCGGAGAGGUUCGUCUCUUCUUCGGUAAAAGAGCAGUCGCCGGCGUCGUUGGAUGAUGCACCUCGCAAGAGCUCCAGAAAGGGGACCGUGUCGAAGACUUGCAUCCGCCAGAACGAUGCGGGUCCCGUCUGGGCCAAAAGCCUCUCUCAGCGGUGUCCAAAAUAAACGGGGGCCCUCGUAGGCCCACCGUUGAGGGAUGAGCGUCCUAGCGGCAUCAUGGAUCCUGGCGGGGAUCCUGAUGGCGCUCUCUUCGGCGAUGUUGCUCACGGAGAACCAACAGCUCAACAUCCUGGUGCUCCGGGACAGAAUAAGAAGGGUCUACCUCGUGCACAGAGAUCGACGCCCCCUGCUGGUGACGGCUACUCCUUGCACGGCGGCUGUCGAAUGGCACGUCUUCCAUAGGAAUGCUACUACGCGCAACGGUGGGGUUCCUGUGGCCUCUUUCUACGGCAACGAGUCCAUGCUGUUCGUCCAGCGGGAAGCGGAACCCGGUGUUUAUGUCCUGGAGCUCGACUCGGAGCAGGGGGACACGAGCGUCCAGCUGUACGCCACCAGCGAAUCCGUCUACCCAUUUGCGCAGCUGCCAAGUGACCCAAAAGUAGACGUCCUCAAGGUGCGGGACGACCAGGUACUGUUCUCGUGGAAGGCGUCGCAAGGAACGCCUGACCUGGAGUACUGCGUGGCAGCAAACCGAAGGGAGAACUUGCGUACCCUGUGUGCUGCGAUCACGGCCCUCAGGAAGCGGAACGACGUCUUCUACGAGUGCGUGGGCGGGAAAACGUGGCAUCGCUUCCACAACCUCCACGUCGGCCAGACGUACUUCGUCGACGUGUACGCGCGCAACAGACGCACCAACCUGUCGACCGCCUAUCCCGGCACCCACUUCGUAGCCAGAAGCCCACCCAGCGUCCGGGUACGAGACAGCCAGACGGUGAGACUGGUGGUCGACCAGGGAGAAGCAGCGGUUGCCAAGUACGUGCUGCGUAAACGCGUCCCGGCUCUGUGGCUUCUGGCACAGUCGUGCUCCGGACCAGGACCUGUCCAGCUGACUGUCUCCCUGGGUAGAAAGCAAGUCCUGGAAGCGCCGGUCAUGGACAGCAGAGUAUUCACUCUGGCCGGUCCCAUGACGGGGACGUACGUCAUCAACGUCACUUCUCCCGUCAGCCACAUGAGAAGAGUUCACGUGGUCCUGAGCAGGAAGUACCGCAAGUUUCCGUAUCCCGCGCUGCCAGCCGACAACCGCGUCAAGGUGAUGGAGUCCUUGACCACGUGCGACUCCGUGACACUGGCUUGGAGGUCCGUGUCGGACGAAAAGGUGCGCUACUGUGUGUAUAAACGUGAAAGUGCGGUCGAACAGCGUGACGAUACGUGCCAGGAGGAGUGGCCCAGGAGUGGUAAGGUGACAUGCCGCAGGUAUCACCGCUUCAGUAGACAGCGCUUCCAAGACGUCAUCAUGCAAAAGGUGAACAGGUUGCGACCCGACGCCAGUUACGUCUUCCAAGUGCUCGUCACCAAGCUGCGGGGCAAGACGCUCCCGUACGAGCCGGUGUGGGCAACGACACCCAGGACCUGCAUGGGAAGGCCUCCCUCGUGAAUGUUGUAUACAUAAGUGUAAUGCCGAGCGCAUUUUUUUAGUCUAGCAACCGUGCUGCUGUCUAGUCACGAGCCAUCAUUAGUGACGCUUGGGGGUGUGUCUAACGCUGACGUUCGUCAAGUGCCAUUGACUGCUAGAUUAUGGGGUGCCAGUGCUAGGCCGCCCUGUAGACUUAGUAGAAGAAAAGUGGAACGUUACUAUGCACUCCUGCUCACGUGUUGUUCGCAAAAAAAAGAAGAAAAAAAAAACAAGCUUCA